AUGGCAAUUGCUCGUUAUUUAUUCAAACUACUUUUUAAUUGUGUUUUUGAAUAUUUUGAAAUUCAUCAGGUUUUAUUUAAUCCACAAAUGAUUGACUUAUUGUUUGAUGUCGAAAAUGAAACAACAAAUUUUCCUUUACAAGUUCAUUCUCAAAACACAAAGCUACCUUUUCUUUGGAAUAACGAUCCUUGCUUUGUUUGGAAUCAUUUGGUUUCUAAUCGACUUAGAGUUGAUAUGCAUGCAUAUGAUACAGAAUAUCUGUUUAAUGACAACGUCCAAGACAUUGAUAUAUUUAAUGACUUAACUCAAGGCCCUACCUCGAGAUUUAGAACUUUUGUGUUUGGUUUGUACAAAAUGUUGACUGAAGGGGGAAACAAAUUUUUAAAUAUUACUUGUACACAUCUCGACUCUAGACUUUACAAUCUUAUCAUAAAGCAUUAG